AUGCCCAGGGCCUUCCCAUCAACUGCUGCGCUGAGGCAAAUAAGCCGAUCUCCAACCCUCACCCGAACAAGCAAUAUUUCUCGCCCAUCAGACAGAUACAGAAUAUGCAUAUUAUGCCAGCGUAGAACCUGUCAUCUAUCUCUCGCCAAUCGAAAUUAUCAUAAUUCAUGCAGUAUAUCAACUAGGUCCGGUUUCUCCGCCGUCAGCAACCCAUCUCCGCUGCAGAAUGGAGAGCAAAAUAAUUCGACAGACGAUGCGGAAUCACUCAUAAACAAACCCCCAGAUAUCUCUACCCACUAUACCAUCUUUCCCGAAACCAUCCCUGUUCCCCCACCAAGAGGUUCCUUCUCUAUCUCCAUUCCGGACCUUCGCCGCGAAUUCCUCCGUCUCCAAGCCCGCGCCCAUCCUGACAAGUAUCCACCAGGACCAAAGAAGCAGCGCGCAGAGGCGCUCUCCUCUCGCAUCAAUGAAGCAUACCGUGCCCUGUCAGAUCCACUGUCGCGCGCACAAUAUAUUCUCGCCUCUCAGCAUGGGAUCGACCUGGAGGCUGAGGACGGCGCCAAGGAUCACCCGCAGGAUAUGGAGACGUUGAUGCGGGUGCUCGAGGUUCAGGAAACCAUUGAAGAAGCGCAGGAUGAGCUGACGGUUGCGCAGUUAAAAGAGGAAAACGAGGAGAGGAUUAAUGGAUGUGUGGCAGCGCUGGGGUCGGCGUUGGAUCAGGGAAAUAUUGACGAGGCGAGGAAGGAGUGCGUUAGGUUGAGAUUUUGGUAUACCAUUCGAGAAGGACUGAGGGAGUGGGAGCCCGGGAAAGGUGUUAGACUGAUACAUUAG